CGAAAUUAGGAACUGACUAUGCUAAUCGAAACAUCGUCUCUAUAAAUUGUCUUUCUCUUCUUUCUCUCUCUUCUCCAAACAAGCAACUGAGUCAAUUCCUAGGAAAACCAAGAGAAAUUCUUGAUAAAUUUGGUGAUGGGAGAUGAUACAUCGACGACGAUGGUGAUGGGAAAUAGCAGUAGGGAAAGAGAUCGGGAACUUCUCAUACCAGUCGCUGACUCUUCCAUCAAUCAUGAUGAUUCUGCUAAACCUUCCCCUUCUGUUUCCUCUUCUCAUCAUUCUGGCCGUGAGACCUUUUAUAAAAUUAUUAGAAGUUGGGCUUCAAAGAAAUUUAUGACCGGAUGUGUCAUCCUUUUUCCGAUAGCCAUCACAUUUUACAUAACCUGGUGGUUUAUACAUUUUGUGGAUGGAUUUUUCUCUCCUAUUUAUGCUCAACUUGGAAUUGAUAUUUUUGGGCUGGGAUUCAUAACUUCAAUAGCAUUCAUAUUCUUGGUUGGUGUCUUCAUGUCGUCAUGGUUGGGUGCAUCUGUUUUAGGCCUUGGUGAGUGGUUCAUUAAGAGGAUGCCUUUUGUCCGUCACAUCUACAAUGCCUCAAAGCAGAUUAGUUCUGCAAUAUCUCCAGACCAGAACACACAGGCCUUUAAAGAAGUGGCCAUCAUUAGACAUCCACGAGUAGGGGAAUUUGCUUUUGGGUUCAUCACAUCUUCUGUUACGCUGCAGAACUAUUCUGGGGAGGAGGAACUAUGCUGCGUCUAUGUUCCUACGAACCAUCUGUACAUUGGUGAUAUUUUUCUGGUUAACUCAAAUGAUGUAAUCAGACCAAACCUGUCUGUUCGGGAAGGAAUUGAGAUUGUAGUGUCUGGUGGGAUGUCAAUGCCACAAAUCCUGUCGACAAUGGAUACACGGAUUGCUGGUCACCUUGACAAAAUUAGAUCCAACAGAAGCUGAGACUAAUGGUAAUUUUUUAGGUUAUAUAGACGGCCUGUUCGUAGAUAGUGAACUAGAAGUGUGAAGAGCGUUUUAUGCAAUGCAACCUGUUCAUAUUCAUCUUUGAGAAGACUGAAAUCUUAGAGUUAAAUUAUUUUGGAUAUAUUAUCAGAUGUUUUGUACAAUGUAGAUACAGUCAGAGGCACAAUGUUACAAUUUUAUAGGUUUCUGUUUA